UCGCGGUCACACUGGCUCUAAUCAUCACAAGCUUGAAAUUUUUUAAUUUUUUAACUCAAAAUCUGGAAUUUUGCUAAACAAAUAGCAAGAGAGAGGUUUUUCCGUGCAUUAAAAGCAGUAUUUCUUCAGUAACAUUGUCAGAAUUUCCACAAUGGAGAACAACGAAGCCCCCUCACCAUCCGGCUCCAACGCAAACGAUUUUCCCAUACUUCCGCCGCCGCCAAACGCCUACAACAACAACUUCGCCGACACGAACAAUAGCAACAACAAUGCCGCCGCCCAGAAGCGCCUGCAGCAGACACAGGCCAAAGUGGACGAGGUGGUGGGCAUAAUGCGCGUCAACGUGGAGAAAGUGCUGGAGCGGGACCAGAAACUCUCGGAGCUGGGCGAGCGCGCCGACCAACUGGAGCAGGGUGCCUCUCAGUUCGAGCAGCAGGCGGGCAAGCUGAAGCGCAAGCAAUGGUGGGCCAACAUGAAGAUGAUGAUCAUUCUCGGAGUGAUCGCAGUGGUACUGCUCAUAAUCGUCCUAGUCUCGGUCUGGCCAGAAAGCAGUGGCAGCAGCGGUGGAGGAGCCAAGUCCAUUACCGAACCCAAGACCGUUACGGAAACACCCCCUCACUAAGGUCGCGCUCCAUUCACUAACCAGAAAGCACAGAUAUGGAACACAGGAAACCAAAAUGGACCAACACAUCAGGGGCAUGGACAUGGACAGUGUGGCCUUCGCUUUGGCCAAAUCGCGCAAAUAAAAGUUAAUUCAAAUAGAAAUGAAGAGAGGAAAAUCAAAAGGAACACUAUCUAAACAUACAUAUAUUUAACCAGGAUGUAAUUAUUAAAACCUAGUGUUAAACAAA